AUGCGAAAGACUGUUGCUGUCAUUAGCAUUAUGUCAAAUCACACAAAUUCUCCUCGUCGUUUAAACGAUUUUGAUGGCGCUGAUAGCUCGGAUGCUGAAAAUGAGAAAGAAGCGGAUACAAUCCGUGGUUCAGAUGAAGAUACUGCAGAUGCUAGUGAAACAGAAGAGAAGCCAAAAACCAUUAACAACACUUUGACACCCACUACCGGACAAAGAACAGAAAUGAAAGAGCAGAUGUACCAGGACAAGUUAGCACACAUCAAGAAACAGAUUGACAUGCUACAGGAGGGCUCCCUGCCGGAGUUUCUGAAGAGAACCAAGAAAAUUGAGCUCCAGUACAGGGAGAGGCUUCGGCAAAAUGAGAUCAAUAAAACAGUGGAGGUUGACAGAGCAGACAGGAACUUUGAAACUGAUUGUAAUAAUGCCCAGAAAGAAUUUGAGAAAGAUCGAGAGGCAAUGAAGGAGCGCUUGCUUGAGCAUUAUAAGGAGAAAAAGGUGGACAUGAAGGAGAGUUUACUGUCAGACUUGAAAGAGAAGCGCAGCAUCAUUGAAUCAGAGAGGCACACUUUUGACUUGAAUGGAGCUGACUUCAUGGAGGUUAAACCAACUGUAACCCGUAAACUCAGAAGGAGGCCAAAUGACCCCGUACCUGUUCCAGAAAAACGGCGGAAACCUGCACCUGAUAUCCUUUUUUUUUCUGUCAGUCUUUUAUUGGAUGAUGAAAUAAUUAUGGAUGACCUGCGGGUCAUGCUUAAGGUCAGCGGAAAGCCCAUCGCCAGAAAACAGGUGAUUUCACAGCAGAGCCCUGUGGUUGAUAACAAUUCUGAGGUCCGGAUUGAAGAUGGCAGAUUGUGGUAUGACAAGAAAUGGUUCCAGAGAAAUUCCAUGGUACAAGUAGACAGUAAAGAGGGAGGACCACGUAUAUAUGGAACAAUAACAAGCAUAGGCAACCAGGAGAUCUGGAUCAAACGAAACAGCGACAGCUCCAAACUGAGGAUUUAUUUAUCACAGUUCCAUAAAGGCAAAUAUAUCAUGAAGAAGAGGAGCACAUAG